GUGUUGAAUUCUCAUCGAGUUUCUCCUGUCUUUAUAAACUAUUUCCGUUGCGUUAACUUUGUAAAAAAUCUAAGCAUUAUCAGCAAGAACCUGGACCCGAUAGAUAAAUAGACUUCACGCAGCAAAAAACUUUGUCAAACAUUUACCCAUGUCACGUCACUGACGUCCAACUUUAAAAUAGAAGUCCGCCUAUCGACCUGUACUUUAAGAAGGCGGAGAAAUUAUGUUUUUACUGACGAUCCUUUAACAUAAAUAUGCUCAACUCAACGAGCGCCGUACCUUCUGUGCGGAAAGACAUGUCGUCUUUGGACGUGGCCUAUGUGACCGUGACCUUCGUGACAUCAGCCAUGUCCAUCUUGGGCGGCCUUGUGGUGCUCUGGGUUCACUGGAUCUAUAGAGAUCUCCGCGGCGUGGGUCGGUGGAUGUUGAUGCACCUCACUGUGGCUGAUCUCCUCACUGCAGCGGGAAACCUGCUCGGCAUUAUCUGGUACUUGAGAGUAGACCACGUAUCCUACAAUAUGUCCUACUGCAAGUUCCAUAGUGCGUUGACCAUUAUGUCCAGCAUCGCCUCCUUCAUGUGGACAGUGGUCAUCGCCUGGGCCAUCUUCUGGACCGUGCUGAGGGUACAGCCUGCGAGCAGCAGACAGGGACUGUGCACCAAGUUGCUCACAGCUACCUGCUGGGGCCUGCCUUUCCUGAUAGCUCUACUAGCCCUGGUGGAGGAUGUUCUGGGCUUCGAUCAUCACCUGGAGCAUGCCAGUUGGUGUUGGAUAGACCCAGCAGCUGCGCAUGCGCUGUUGUGGAUGCUGGUCACCGGCAAAGCCUGGGAGAUCGUUGCCUGCGUCAUCACGGCGGGGCUGUACGCUGCAGUCAAAAUAUUGCUCUUGAAAAAGGAGAAGAAACGAAGGGCAAGUCUCAAUCUGCGAAGACGAAGUCGUGACAUCGAAGAGGCCAACACGAAACUGACCUUUGUUCCUCUCGUCUUCAUCACGAUUCGGAUCUGGGGUACUGUUCGCUUCCUUUUGGGGAACUUCGCUCAUGAGUAUGCCAGCUCCUCUGACUCUGACUGGAUCGUCAUUAUGCAGGGGAUCGGCGACAGUUCCCAAGGGUUCGCCAACUUCGUCAUCUAUUGCUUCUUCACAAGCAAGAUCAGACGACGGCUCCAGGACAGCUGUGUGAGGGGAUGUCACCGCUCCUUGUGUACGAGGGGGCGUCUCCGCUCCUUGUGCACAGGACGACCUAUUGACUCCGCCCACUCAUAUUCAUCCAACUCACACGAGGCUGGUAGGGACAAAGCUUCUAGCAGAACUGCGCGGGGUUCCAAUCGAGUACAGCCAGAAAGGAGAACCAGUAUCCAGGACAGCCACCCAAACCUGAACACACUCCCGGGAGUUCCUUCUUUCUCCUAUCCAAAUUCCUGGAAGCCGGACUCAUCAGUUGAACGUGCUGCUAUCCAGGUCCAGCGAGUCGUGCCCGUGCGGGCUCCCUUUGAUCCUGUGCCAGAGGAGCAGACAAAAAUAGCUGUUCCAGGAAGUGAGAGGAACAAAAACAGAAGCACAUCAUCAACCUGUCAUAGUUGUUCUUGUGAGGGCAAGGAGUCUAAGCUGUCAGUGUGGACUAUAGAAUCGAGCUAGGUGCACACGAACCAGCUCUCAGACUUUUUCUCUUCUCUUGGGCGAAGAAUUGAAGAGUGUGGCCCAAGUUCGAAGCUGCUGCGAAGGAAAAAAACUUAAAAUCCACUUCUCCUCUCAUAGAAGGCUAAGCUGUUAUGGCGCAAUGACACCCCAUCCCCUCACGGGUGUUCUACAACCCUUGACAGUUCUGUUGACCAUCUUGUGGGAGAUAACUUCACCAUGCCAGACAUGCAAUUACAACAUGAUUCAAGAUGUCAUUUUUUUUGAGUCAAGCGAAAUCUGAAACUCCUGACACCUCGUCAGGACACUUUUUGUGAAUAAUUUUACAUAUAGCGUGCGCAUGGGCGUAAACUGGGAGAAUCAGGAAGAUUCCAGCCGAUACCGUUUUGGUUGGAUCUUUGCAAAUUGGUAAUACGGAUUGUCAUUUGGUGACAACAGACCACUCCCCUACCCUCACCAAUUUCGGUGUUCACACUCUCCUGAAAUACCCACACAGUGUGAGUCUGACGUCGUAAUUGCAGCAGGUUCAGAAAUGGGUUUAUCACUAUAGUAUAGUUUUUAGUGUUCGCUUCGGACCAACAAGUUGAAAGAAAACGUAUUGAAAACAAGAUCUAAUUGUGUUUAACUGAAAUACAAAAUCCUGUGCAACAGUACUUGUGCCAUCGGCACUUGUUUGGUAUGGAGGAACACAUAGGUAAAGGACCUCCCGGGGAAAAAAACAUAUUUUCUGCUUUCCGAACAAUGAAAUGGGGAACAACGUUGCAGGUUUCAGCGAUAAUUGAAAGCAAGAUGCGUGCCCCCCCAAAAAACAACAACAACAACAAACAAAAUAAACAACAACCAACAAAAAACGGGCGUCAUUGUCCAGAGAUUCUUGAGAGAAAGAAUACUAUUUUUGUCGAGUGGUCGAUUCUCAAAGAAAUUCAAGCAACGUAGGCCUACGGAUGACGGCUUUGAGACCAGUAGUCAAAGGGGUUCGUUCUUCAGCAGGACACGCAGACCUUUGUUCAAAACAGGGCGCUGCGGUGCGGCGACCAACAAUGGUAUAUUUUCUUCGUAUAUUGUGGAUAAAUAAUGCUCUUGACUGUGUAUAUGUAUCGUAAACCUUUAAGCUCGGAAAAAUAAAAGUUGUCUAUU